UGGUGAAGGAGGACGCUGCACGGUUGAAUUCACUUUAAUGUUCUCCGAUUCAGGAUGUAAUCUUCCCAGCGCCUGCUAUGCCGUCCUCCAAGAGCUCGGGUCCCUGGACCUUGUCGGAGAUGUUCGGGCAGCGGAAGCUGCUGGGCGUCGGGGCCCUGCUGGCGUGGCUCUUCCUCUUCCACCUCCUGGUCAACGUGUGGCUCCUGUGCGUCUUCACCAGCCUCCUGGUGGUCCUGGGGGGCUGGCUGGGGUCCCGGGCGGCGCUGGACGCCAACAGCCUCCUCCACCUGGAGCACUUCCUGCCCCUGGGCGACGCCCACCCGCCGCCGCCGUCGCCCGAGCACGAGUGGAGGCUGAACCACGAGAUCCAGAGCGCCGUGCACAAGGCGGUGCGCGACUUCGUGUCGUCGUGGUACCGCGCCCUGCUGCCGGGGGAGGAGGGCGAGUUCGAGGGCGUGGUGCGGAGGUCCAUGCUGGCCUCGGUGAUGGAGCUGAAGGAGCGGGCGCGGCGGGUGGACCGCACGGCUCUGGUGCGGCGGCUGCUGGAGCUGUACGGCCGCCACCUGCAGAGCUACAUGGCGGCGAGGCAGAUCCGGGCGACCCGCAGGGAGCGGCCCGACCUCUGGCAGCUCUACCGGGACGUGGAGACCCCUCACCCGGCCGUCAGCUCUCCAGCCGCCGAGCUCAACUUCUCCAGGGCUCUGGUGGACCUGGUGCUGCACACCCUGGUGCCGUACCCGGAGAUGGAGACCCGGACCGGGGCGUACGUAGUCACGGAGCUCAUCACCUGCAACGUCCUGCUCCCGCUCAUCAGCCGGGUGUCCGACCCGGACUGGCUCAACCAGACCAUCGUGGACGUGGUCACCAAGUCCAGGGAGCCGCAGGAAGCCGAGGUGGACGAGGUGGACGAGCCCCCGGCCGAGCCGCUGUACCGGUGCCAGACCCUGCAGGAGUCCUGGUCCACCUGCAGGUCCCAGUCCUCCUCCGACGACGACCCGACGGGCUUCAGCAGCAUCAGCACCUCGGACCUGGAUGACCUCCAGAGCCAGAGCGCCAUCUCGGGCUCGGACCCGUCCCAGGACAGCAUGCUCAGCCUGCUGUCGACCGAGCAGAGCUGCUGUCGGCUCUCCUCAGGCCGCUACUCCCAGGCCUCGGCCUCCAGAAUCAUCUCGGUGGACUCCAUCGCCCAGUCGGACUCGGAGGAGGACCUGGCGGGACGGUUCUGUGAGUGUGGUCCUACCACCAACUUCUGCAACCUGCUCAUGCUGAGGGACGACGAGCCGUCCGGGUGUUUCGGCACGCUGAGGCAUCUGGGCCCGAAGGCGGUGGUGCCGGAGGACCCGCCGUGGCCGGCAGACGCCGCCCCGGACAGAUCCCCGGCGUGCAGCCACAAGAAACUCUCCCUGAACUCCUACAACUUCGACUCUUCCAGCAACGCGGGGGCUCACGUCAACAUCCAGAAGGUGGAGAUUUCCGGCACCGUCAGUGUGAAGGAGCAGCGCAGCGCAAGCACGCACCCUUACACGCUGUACACCGUGAAGUUUGAGACGGCGGCGGAUAACAGCCCACAACCAGCAGCCCGCCACACCGUCAACCGCAGGUACAGCGAGUUCCUCAACCUGCAGACGCGUUUAGAGGAGAAGCCGGACGUCAGGAAGUUGAUCAAGAAUGUCAAAGGUCCCAAGAAGACGUUUCCCGACCUCCCGUUCGGGAGUCCGGACAUGGAGAAGGUGGAAGGCCGUAAGAGCCAGCUGGACGCGUACCUUAAGCAAUUAAGCAGCAUUCCCGAGACAGCCAACAGUGAGGACAUGCAGGAGUUCCUGGCCGUCAACGCAGAUGUUUGCACGUAUUUUGGAAGGAGAGCAUCCUGCAAAUCCAGAAUCGACAAGAUGAUGGAAAAUGCCAUGGACACUUUGAGGACAGCUUUCCCUCAUCCUGACCUCCUCAGCCCGACGGAGGACAUGGACGCAGACGCUGAGGGGAGAGCGAUGGACAGCAGGAAGUACAGGAGGCUGUUCUCAACCAAAAUCUCCCCAUCUCUCAAUAUAUCGGACCUCCAUCCCAAAGUGACAUACUGUUUCAGUGAAGGCAACACGGUUCUGAAUGGCACGUCGCUGUCGGGCCUGGAGAGCUUCAUCAGAGAGCAGGAAAGACUCUUAUGUGAACCCAACGAGUCGGAAAAGGCCAAGCCGAGCUACGACCUGCAGCGCAGAGACAAUAAGCUGCCAGGAAAGCCUCCCGGGACAGACACAGCUGUGGCAGAUGUGGCUCUGAACAUCUUGUGUCUGCUGAUGAAGGAUCAGUGGAGCUGGCUGUGCACAGAAAACAUACAAAAGGCCAUCCGGCUCCUCUUUGGCACCUUCAUCGAGCGGUGGUUGGAGGUCGGCGCCGCCCACCUGACCAGCGCCCCCUGCUGGGUGAUCUACCUGCAAGUGCUGCAGGAAGCCGUGUGGCCCGGGGGCACGUUGCCCGCUCAGCCCAGGCCUGAACGCAGCGCCGCAGAGCGAGAGGAGACCAAACAGCAGUGUCUGAACUGCCUGAUGCAGCUGCUUCCUGAGCUCAUCGCUGACAUGCUGGGCAGUGAGAAGUACCGGCUGAGCUUGGAGACCAUGCUGGAGUCUCUACAGGACCAUCAGAUCAACAAGCAUCUGAUCUUCUGCAUCUGUGACCUGCUGCUGGAGUUUCUGAUCCCCGAGUCGUGCGAUGAAGACUUCCAGAGAUCGCUGCUGCAGAGUCUGGCUAAGGACACGGAGAGGGACGGUCCUCACGCGCCAUGAUAUAUGCUCAGACACAUUUGUUUUUUUUACCGCGCAUAUUCAGAGCCUGCAGGAUUCCAGGGGGUACAAAUGUUUCAGCAGCGAAAAAGCUGAGGACAAUCAUCACACUGGGAUCAAAUCCUCGAUGGUUUACCCUUCCUGGUGGGCAGAUCCAGUGAGAAUGACUUUCUCCCACCAGGGUUGGGGUUAACUGGGUUUAAAGGUCUACUAAAGCCAUUUCUCCACAGCAUACUUUGUACUGAUGACUUCACUUCUCCUGUCAGAAGGGAAAAAGAGUUGUUCUGCACAGUUUUUCUCUAGUAUCGUCCUUUUAUUAUACUGAAUGAAGUGAAAUUCAUCUAAAACGUUCAUGUAACAGUUGUCUUUUUCUUUGUUCCCUCUUUCAUUUUUUUUUUUUUUUUACAAAUGAACAGAAAGGCCAACGUCAACUCAGUUUGAU